GGUCGUAACUAAAGAAGGCAACAAAUUGGUACUUAGUUAUACAUACAUACAGGCCCUCUGAUCCAUCAGAAUAGCCAAGGAGAUAUUUCUUUUUAUCAAUUACUGUAAUCAUGAUGACAGCGUAAGAACGUCAAUCGCACAUCACCGAUUCUAUCGUAACUACACAACUAAACGUCUGAUUCUUAGUUCGUGAAGACAACAUGAACGUACCAUUGUUAUGGAGAACGGUAACCCAAAGUUGUUAUCAAUUGAUGUUAAAGACUCCGAUACAUCGUCAUAAUGUGAAUCUAUUGGUGCGCAGCAUGCACUGCAUAUGCAGUAAUAAACCCCUUGGUAUCCUGCCAAAGAUAGCAACCUCCAACCUUUCGCAGUCCUCUGAUUUACUGCAGGCAAACACACCGUCGAUUAUCCAGAAUUGUGGGAUGAAAAUUAGAGGUCUGCUGAAACUGCGAUGCAAGGAUUGCUAUUUUGUUGUGAGACAGGAGAGGAUGUUUGUCUUCUGCAAAUCAAAACCAAGGCAUAAGCAGAUGUCUAUGGUGAAAAGAAAAGAAAAGACAUGGAUUUUAAGUCAUGCAACCCAGGGCCCUCAGCGCGCUUGGUAGUAAUCAUUGUAAACCCUUAGCGUGACACUAAUAGCGAUUAUUUAUGAUAGUUCAUUCUGUAAACAUAACGGACUGAACGUAUUGUCAAUAAUUUUCUCAUGUACUUGUGUAAAUAUAGAACAAUUUCAAUACAACAA